AUGAUCUAUGAUGAAAAGACGCUCCUGAAGGCCUUGGAACAUAAGAAUACUGAAGAAAGGCUGCUCUUUCCCUCCAUAUGCUCUGUUCUUGGUCUCCAGUACUUCUCUGAAGAAAAUGGUGUCCUGGCACAUACCUUUGCAAGCCCAUCGUUUGUCAUAGACAUGUGUGAAGAAAGUGCAAAGAUAACCUUUGUCGAUGAAAGCUUCUCAAAGUGCUUCGGAUAUGUUGAGUUCUGUCUAUCCCGGUUCCUUGAAAAGAGAAGGAUGGUUGACUUCUACUUCCAUCUCAAGAUGUUCUCUCGGAUGGAGAGGGGAAAUGAAAGGGUUUCCGAAAAAGGCUCCAAAGACGUUUGUCAUUGCGUCUACGAUGGGAACUACUGCAUAAAUCCAUCGUUCAAGGAUGUGGCCGAGGCGAGCACUAAUGGGAUUUAUAACAUAUAUAGACACAGGUUUGAAUAUCAUCUAUACACAAAGGAGUUUAUUCUUCCCAUUCCUAUGAAUGCUUCUCCAGAGGAUGAAAAAUGUGUCUCCCUGGAGGGCGAGGAUGUGAAUGGCAGAAAAGUAAAUGCAAAAAUAAGCUUGAACCUGGCCAGAUAUUUCGGGGCAAAGGCUUUUAGCCGCGAGGUGCUCAGGGCACUUCCUCCCAUGGGCUUUUAUUGGAGGGGAGAAAUAGGGUGUUCGGAGGUGCUUGUGCAGAAAGACCUUGCUGUAUAUAUUGAUGGGGAGUUACACAGGGAUGUGGCCUUUCUCAUGAAGCUUGGAAAGAGCCUGGAUUUCUCCCUUAAUUUCUUUACCAGCUAA